CCUCUCUCUCUAACGUCCUUCUCUCUCUCUCUCUCUCUCUCUCUCUCUCUUUCUCUGAUCUCUGGAUCUCUCUCCUCCGCCAUCAGAUCUUCCAAACCCUAGGGUUCCAACCCUCUCUCCCUCUUUCUGUCCUUCGAAUUCCUUCUUGGGAACUUGAAUAGUUUUCUUGACGAUGCAUGUGUAGUUGGGAGGAAGAGUUUGAAUUUUGUGGUAUGAGAAUUGGAUGAGUAAGGUGGUUGUGGUUGGUGGCGAAAGGUGUGUUGUAUGCUUGAGAGUGAGAAUUGGGAGAGAAUAAGGAGAGAUUGCGGUGAUUUGGUCAUUCGGACCUGUCGGUGGGGCAAAUGCGGCUGAUUCGUUAACUCUUUCAAGUUUUUUUGCACUGAAUUUUUCUAGGGUUUUCUGAUCUGAUCUGAAGAGGAAGACGAGAGUUUGUUUCUUGUGGCGUUGAAUUCAGAGAGGUCUUUGAAAGAUGCAGCAAGAUCAGAGAAAGAAGAGCCCAAAAGAGAUGGACUUCUUUACUGAGUAUGGGGAUUCAAAUAGAUACAAAAUUCUAGAAAUUAUAGGGAAAGGAAGCUAUGGAGUUGUUUGUUCAGCCAUUGACACACAUACCGGGGAAAAAGUGGCUAUAAAGAAAAUUAAUGACAUUUUUGAGCAUAUCUCUGAUGCUAUUCGAAUCUUACGGGAGGUCAAAUUGCUUAGGCUUUUACGUCAUCCUGAUAUUGUUGAUAUCAAGCGCAUCAUGCUGCCACCUUCAAGGCGAGAGUUCAAAGACAUUUAUGUUGUUUUUGAGCUGAUGGAGUCUGAUCUUCACCAAGUUAUCAAAGCAAAUGAUGACUUGACACAUGAUCACCAUCGGUUUUUCCUGUAUCAGAUGCUACGUGCAAUGAAAUAUAUGCAUACAGCAAACGUAUAUCAUCGGGAUCUUAAACCAAAGAAUAUAUUGGCAAAUGCAAAUUGCAAACUUAAAAUAUGUGAUUUUGGACUAGCAAGAGUUGCUUUUAAUGAUACACCAACAACAAUAUUUUGGACGGAUUAUGUUGCUACAAGAUGGUAUAGGGCUCCCGAGCUGUGUGGAUCAUUCUUCUCAAAGUAUACACCAGCUAUUGAUAUUUGGAGUAUUGGCUGCAUCUUUGCUGAAGUAUUGACAGGGAAGCCAUUGUUUCCUGGUAAAAGUGUUGUUCAUCAAUUAGAUUUGAUCACUGAUCUUCUUGGGACUCCAUCCUCAGAUACCAUUUCUGGAGUUCGAAAUGAGAAGGCAAGGAGAUACUUGACAGGUAUGCGUAAAAAGCAACCUGUGCUAUUUUCUGAGAAAAUUCCAAAUGCAGAUCCUUUAGCACUUCGAUUACUGCAACGGCUAUUAGCAUUUGAUCCAAAGGACCGGCCAACUGCCGAAGAGGCAUUAGCUGAUCCUUACUUCAAGGGGCUAGCCAAAGCUGAGAGGGAACCUUCCUGUCAGCCAAUCUCUAAGCUAGAGUUUGAGUUCGAGAGGCGACGGGUAACGAAGGAGGACAUAAGGGAACUAAUAUUUCGGGAGAUACUCGAAUAUCAUCCACAAUUGCUUAAAGAUUACUUGGCUGGGAAUGAAGGCCCCAAUUUUCUUUAUCCCAGUGCUAUUGGUCAAUUUAGAAAACAAUUUGCGUAUCUUGAGGAAAACAGUGGUAAAAGUGGGCCCGUAAUUCCUCCGGAGAGGAAGCAUGUGUCACUCCCUCGGUCUACAGUUAACUCGAGUACAGUUCCUCCCAGAACAAAUCAAAAUUUGGCUUCAUGUGGUAGUCGGCAAGUUACAGAAGAGUCGUGUAAUAGCAUUAGAGUAACGGAUGCAAUUUCUGGUGGAAAUUUUGUGAAACCAUCACGCCCUCCACCUAAGGUGCCUGCAGCCAAACCAGGAAGAGUGGUAGGGCCAGUUCUUCCUUAUGAAAAUGGCAGAAAUAUCAAUGAUGUGUACGAUGCAAGAGCGUUUCUUCGAAACGGUGUCGUCCCUCAGGGCAUAUCCCCACAGUAUGCUGCGAGGACCAACACAGUGAAUCAUGCAAAGUCAAGUACAGAAAUUGACAGGAAUUCUGCACAAGCCAGACAGCUGCCCGCACAAUGCAACGGGGUCACCAAACAAUCACCUCAGAUAGCCAUUGACAUCAAUGCGAACACGUAUUACCAACCGCAAGUCAAAUCAAGCCAAUUAAAUGAUCAAAUUGCGAUCAAUGCAAAAUUAUUGCAGGAGCAAUCACAGUUGGGGGCAAUUGGUGCCGCGGCUGUUGCUGUUGCUGCUCGGAGAGAGGUUGGAGCUGUUCAACUCGGAUUGUCUUAGAGGAGAUUUGUUUGUCUUCGCCACCCUGCCCCGCUGACACGGAAAAUUGAAGAACAAGAGGGAGGGGCUGUUACUUUUAGUAGUUAAUUUAUGUCCCUGUAAAAUUAUUUGGAUUGUUGCAUUACUGAAUUCGUGAAUGAAAAUUGAUUCGUUUCUUGUCUCCCCUUCCAAUUGCCCUCUCUCUUGGUUAGGUAGUUUCCAAUAUUUCGUGUACAGAGAUUUUAUUAUUUGUAAAGGAAAAACUGAUUAGGUGAUCAUUGAAAUAAUGUGCUCUCUUUUGUUGCA